AUGCCAUUACCGCCACAGCAGAUCUAUUACUGCCGUAUACGUAAUUGCCAACGUACGUGCGGGCUCGUCCACCGGGAUUCUCGAAGUAAACUUCUGUCCAUCAACAGAAUGUCAUCAUCGUUGGAUAAGGUGGAGGGAACAAAGGAUCCUCCCAAAAAGUCAAGCACUGCUCCGACUGCUCCCGAAAAGAAGAAGAGAGUAAAGAGGAAAGGAAGGCAAGAAGGAAUAAACAGUGAUGCCAAAGGCAACAUUCCGCCACGACGGAUGUCAACAUUCGAAGAAGUAAUGGAAAGAGCAAUAAGAAAGGAAGCACUAGUGAUCCCUCCCAACCAGUCCGUCGUUUCCAUCGUUCUCCCUCCUAACUUACGGCUGUUCCAGACAUCGAAAUUGGAUAUCGUAGACACGUCACCAAUUCCUCCAUCAUCACAGAAGUCAGCAAACGAGAAAAGAAAGCUGUUGGCGCCAUCUGUCUCACUUGACACCACAACGAUACACUUCGAUCAGCCAGUCUGGGAUAAUCCAGAGCUACGUGAGCAGCUUCUUGACUCAGAAGAAGAAUUCGAUCUGGACGCUGUUCCUCCAGCGCUGAAAGAGGAUUCACUAAACGUGGACGAGAUAAUCAGUGAAGCCACGCAUGCCAUCGACUACAAUCCGAUCGAUCAUGAUCGACAAGACGAGAUGAUUUCCGGGUGGAGCUCUGAUGAUGGUGAGUUCGGUAUCGCCCUCGCUCAGGUUUCUGUGUUCAAGCUCAAUGGUCGAUUUUGCGCAGCUGUACGCCAGUCUACCCCUUUCACCACGCCUGGCUCGCAGAAAGUGGAUGACUACACUACAGUAGACCUCAGCCAAAUACGGAAAGAAGACGAUCACCACCCGGACGUCGUUCCAGUUCGAAAACACGUAUUUCAAAACGCUCGUUACGAAAUGAGCUUGGAUGUUGCGGAUCAUACUUAA